AUGAACCAGCCUGACCCCUCAGCUCUAAUUAACCUUUCCAAUUUCUCAUCCAUAAAACUGGAACUAGCCAGCACUCCUUCACAAGGCCACCUGGUCAAUAGCACUACAGGAAUAAAGAUACCAGGCACUCCUGGAACAGGAGGUUGUCUCAGCCCUGCAAACAAUCAUGUUUUGACCAAGAAGAAAUUUCAGGACUCAGUAAGAGAAGUGGAUCCUAAUGAGCAGUUGGAUGAAAAUGUGGAGGAGAUGCUGCUGCAGACUGUCAAAGGUUUUAUCAAAAGGGUGGUAACAGCAGCCUGCCAGCUUGCUCAGCAUCUCAAGUCCAGCACCCUGGAGGCGGAAGAUGUCCAACUGCAUCUAGGGUACCAGUGGAACAGGAGGAUCCCAGGAUUUGGCUCUGAAGAAAUCCAACCCUACAAAAAAGCUUGCACUACAUAA